AUGGGAAGGGGAAGAGUGGAGUUGAAGAGAAUUGAAAACAAAAUCAACAGACAAGUUACCUUUGCUAAACGAAGGAACGGGCUUCUGAAAAAAGCUUAUGAACUUUCCGUUCUUUGCGAUGCUGAAGUUGCGCUUAUCAUCUUCUCCAAUAGAGGAAAAUUGUACGAGUUUUGCAGCAGUUCAAGCAUGCUCAAAACGCUAGAGAGGUACCAGAAAUGCAACUAUGGUGCGCCUGAAGCUAAUGUAUCUGCACGGGAAGCAUUGGAGUUAAGCAGCCAACAGGAAUAUUUGAAGCUGAAGGCACGUUAUGAAGCAUUACAACGGUCUCAGAGGAACCUUAUGGGAGAAGACCUUGGCCCUCUAAGCAGCAAAGAGCUCGAAUCGCUUGAAAGGCAGCUAGAUUCAUCCUUGAAGCAAAUAAGAUCAACAAGGACCCAAUUCAUGUUGGACCAGCUCUCUGAUCUUCAACGCAAGGAACAUAUGCUAAGCGAGGCUAACAGGUCUCUCAGACAAAGGCAGCUGGAAGGGUAUCAAUUGAAUCAACUUCAAAUGAACGCAUGUGUUGAAGAAAUGGGCUAUGGUCGGCAUCCAAGUCAAAAUCACGGUGAUGGCCUCUUUCAACAAUUGGAGUGUGAGCCAACAUUACAAAUUGGUUAUCAGCACGAUCCAGGAUCAGUGGUCACAGCAGGCCCAAGCAUGAGUAAUUACAUGGCAGGAUGGUUACCAUAG